AUGGCUCCCCGCCUGGCCGCAUCCAAUUUUGCCUUGCCACUGCCGACAUGGGCGCAGCCGGCCAGUAUUCGCUCCGAACACUAUGAUCGAAAGCGAAAGAAGAGCGACGAUUGGACCGAUGAAACAGAAGGAGACACGACAGAUGCUGCCUCGGUGGCAGACUCUGCAGCUCCCGAUUCGCCUCUGACCCUGACACCCAACGAGUCCCAUCAAUAUCGAAUCGCCGGUCUCUCCUCCAACCAGGAAUUGCCGAGCGGUAAUUUUCCGCAUGCACCUGGGUACGACAAGGACUAUGUCUUCAUUAGAAGGAAUUUGCCAGGUCAACUUCUCGGGAGUUUACCUUAUUUGGAUGUCCCUCUCUAUCCCCCUCAGUCCGCGGCACUCCAAGGCAACAUUCGCCUGCAGCAUUUGUCGGCAUUAACUGCCAUUCUACAUCGGUCUUUGCUUCAUGGGGACUAUACUCGAGCUGGAAGAGCGUGGGGGCUAUUAUUGCGAGAUGGGAUUCGAGGAAUGCCCUUGGAUAUACGCGCCCAAGGCAGGUGGGGAAUCGGUGCUGAGAUUUUGCUGCGCCGAGGCCAGUCAGAAUCUUUAGAGAAUGCUGAUAACCGCACGCCCAAUAGCCUUGGUGACCACGAUUCUGCUUCGCCAUUCACCAAAAAAGGAUUUGCGGAGGCAAAAGAGUAUUAUGAAAGGCUCAUUCUGAAUCACCCUUUCUCGAAACCUCAUCCAAACUCUAUCUCUGCUUUGCAUUUCUAUCCCGCCAUGUUUGGUCUAUGGAUUUAUGUCACGCAGGAAGAGAGCAAAAUGGCAAGGAAAAACGUGCUUGAGCGUGACCUGUCCGUCGAAGAGCCUUCGGACGGGGAAGACUCCGAAAAUGAUAUGGAACGCCGAGAGGCCGCCAAAAGAUACACCAUUACUGCAGCCGUCAGAGCGAAAGAACUAGAGCAAGCGCAACUAAUUGCCACACGCAUGGAUACGCUUCUCGGGUCCCCUCCGUACGCCGACUCUCCACAAUUACUAGAACUUCGAGGCAUGGUGUCUCUUUGGAUUGGUGAUUUGAUUGUCACGUCCUUGCCAAGGCUUAUCGAGGACUCGGUUGAUAAUACCGAUAAAAUGACCAACAACAGCGCGCCUGGCUCUCUGGAGGCAAGGCGUGCGCAAAGGCUUGCGAUGGAACAGAAGCAAUCAGAAGUAGACAAGGCGAAGGAGUUUUUGGAGAAAGCGAAAGACCGAGGAAGGUAUGUUGCAAUCAAUCUGGAGCAUUUCCAUAUUCACGAAUCCUCUUCUCCUUCUCCUUCUCCUUCUCCGCCACCGUCACCCAUUGACUUGGUGGAUGCUUCUUCGCCCACUCACUUGUCGGAUGACUUCUCGUCGGACGGACCGCCAAAUGCUCCAUCUGUUGACUCGAGGAGUGGUACUUCGCCCGGUGACUUGAUGGAUGAUGGAGAAUAA